AUGGAGUGCCGACGAGACCAGGCGAUUCUUACCUUACCGUUUCUGUCCGAGCUACGGAAGUCCACCUCACUUCUGAGGCAUGCAACACCUUACUUCACAGGGAAGGGAAUGAAGGUCGUCAUUCAUAUACGCCGAGGGGAUCGACUCCCAAAGGGCCCCGUCGAUCUUGCAAGGAAGGUGAACGGCCAGCACUACGCAUCGGACGCCUUAUACCUGACUUUCUUGAGAAGGUUCCUGCAGCGCAAACAGAAUGCCGAGUUUCAUGUCAUCAGCACGACGGAGGGUGGCUUCGCAAGCGAGAACUUCGAUGUCUACAGAAACCUUGGUGUUCAAGUUCAUUUGGAUGGUGACAUUGUUGAAGAUUGGGCUCAUAUGGCUCAGGCCGAUCUUCUUCUCAUUGCUCCCAGUACCUACUCGUGGGUAGCUGGCCUGCUCAACGAGAAGUGUGUUGCAAUUUUUAAUCUCUUUCCGCUCCCCAUCGUGUUGGACUGGAUUGAACUAAGCGAGGACUUGCACGAGUUCACGGACAUUGAGAGCUGCCUUUCAAAGAAAGGGUUCUACAGGUAG